CUAUUUUUUAUUAUUGGGAUGACUGAUGUAAACCUUUAUUACAGAGACCGUGUUGAACUAUCAGUUGAUGAUGGGAGCGACAAUGCCACUUUUGUGGUGUUCGACAGAAAGAUGCUUAAACUCACUAAACAAGAUGCAGCUGUUCUAGCUCUCGAUGAGAUGAAUGGUGGUGGCGGUGAUGAACUCCCACACUGCCUUAAAGAACUUGAUGGAAAAGAUUUUGUAUUUCAGAUACGUGUGACACCAUACAAUUUCACCUCAAACCACCGCACUUUCACUGUUUCUGGAAUCAGUGACCACAUUAACCCGAGACUUUCAACACCAAUGAAGCUCCAUUGUUGAAGGGGAAGGUAGUGAAGCAUCCGCUUCUGUCAGCAACACGCUUGGAGGUCAAGGCGAUGAGCCAAAUCCAUCCGGGUAUGAAGGCAAAGAGGGUGGUGGCCGCAAACGCCCCUGUGAGUGAAGUUACAGAGCUGUUAAACGGUCAACACAACUCUGCUUUCGUCUCAUUAUAAUUUCCUAAAUUGCUAUGCAUUUCCUAUUUCAGACUUUGCAAUAUUUUUCCCAAUUUCCUGUUUUUUUUUAAGCCAUUUACGGCAAAGUAACUCUCUCGAGGAGAAGAUUUUCUGAUAUUUAAUAGUAAAAAUGAAGGGUUGACAUAAUA